AUGGGCACGCUCCACAUUAGCGAAAAAGACGUUCCCGUGAAAGAUUUGCCCCCGUACAAUGAACCGACUCUUCCGAAUGUCACCAACGCCGCCCCCGACGAGAAGUCUCACGCUUUUACGCUGUCAUCGGAGCGCAAAUCGUUCGGAUCCUCAGACAACGUGCCCCCCGAAAUGGGUGCAUCGAGUGGCGGCGGGCUUACAAAGAGCCGCUGGGAACUUCUGAGGCAGGACGUGUGGCUUUUGCCGCUGGUGCACACCGAGUUCUGGAUAUCGGCGGCAUUUUCCUUGAUCCAGCCUUACUUUCCAAAUCUGGCUAUUUCAAGAGGCAUUGAUGCUUGGAAAUACGGCUUUGUUUUUUCUGCCUUCAAAAUGGCCAUGCUGAUUGGUUCCUUUGUUGCGGAGAAACUUAUGAAAACCAAGCCACCAACUGUCUGUUACCUCAUUGGUCAAGCAGGAUUCUUCACCUUCACAAUAAUAUUUGGUUGCAUGUACUGGGUACCAGGUGGCGAUGUCUUCCUCGGCUCGGCCAUCGCAUCAGCUCUUUUAGGUGGCCUCACGCACAACAUGUACCUCGUCAGCAUGUUUGCAGUUGUCACGACCCGGUUCAGCGAGCAAAGCGGCCUUAUCAUUGGCUUCCUUGAAUUUCUUUGGGGAGCCGGCAAUAUGCUGGGGUCGGCCAUCGGUGGAGCCCUGAUUGAGUUGUGGGCCUUCCCGCUGCCAUUCUUCGUAAUCGGUGCAAUAUCGAUGCUAUCCUUUCCAGUAAUCGCCUCGCUUGGGUCGGGGGUCAACAAAGGUAAAGGUAAGAAGGACACUACGUCAAUAACCGAAGCGCCCCCAGAAGACAACAGCGUCAAUUACAAGAAGCUUUUCUUGGACCCGGUGUUCCUGGGUGACAUGAUUACAAUUAUGAUGGGAUGGAUCAUUCUUGGAUUCAACGAACCAACGCUGGAACCGAAUCUUAAAGAGUUCCACUUGAGAAGCUCACGCAUAGGGACGAUUUACAUGGUGCAGUUUGCGAGUUACUGCAUCGGAUGCAUCAUUGCCGGCAUAGUUUGUCAUUUCAAGAAAAGCGCAUUCUACGCUUUCCUUGGAAUUGUUUUCGCAGCACUGGCCUAUGUGUUCCUGGGACCCGCGGUGUUCAUAGAACACAGACGGAAGCUGUGGAUGGUGUAUAUGUCUCAAGUACUCACGGGACUGGGAAUGUCAGCACAGUUCAUAGGUGGCUACAGUCACGUUAUCAAACUAGUGCUAGAGCGUGGUUACCCUGACAACAUGCGGACCAGCAGUUUUAUUUCCAGUUCUAUAUUCACGUUCCUCGUUAUUGGUGCUAUUAUCACGCCUCCCGUUGCCGGUUAUGUGGUUGGAACGUAUGGCUAUCGGACCGGAUGCACUGCCAUGUUCACACUGUUGACUGUCUGGGUAAGAUACCAUACUUUCCUUACUGCGACUAAUAAGACAUGA